AUGGUGUCCGUUCGGAAGAAGAGGGGGCGCAGUUCUGCCCGCCGUGGCCUCGUCGUUUUCCAUGACAUGGAGUCGGCAAAGAAGAUGUUUGCUGCCCAGCCGCACAUCUUAUAUGGGGCCAAAAUCGGCGUUUCGGCGGCAGGGAAGAACCAAGCUGAUGAUGAAGAUACUAGGUAA